AUGGUAGGAAUGCAACAAGACGACCCCUACUAUCAAGCUCUAGUUGUCUAUGGAGAGAUUGAGGUGGGUCUAGAUGACAAUCCUGAAGAAAACCCUGAAGGAGGCCCUGCAAUGGGUCAGGAGGUGGGACCCGGAGUGGAACCAAAAGAGUACGUGGUAACUGAUUAUGAAUAUGAUGAAUUUGACUGGGAGUCAGAUGAAGGAAAGGAUGCUAAGGAGACACCUAGUAAGCCCCAACCAUCAGAAACCCUAUUAGACCCACACACGAUUCAGGAAAGUGAUACAAACUACAUACACACUCUUGAGAAAGAAAUAGCCAAUUUCAAUCGUCAACUGUUUGCGGCCGAAUCUAGAGCCGUUCGAGCCGAGCAAAGGGAAGAAGUAAUCACCCAGGAGCAUGAGAUGUCAUUUCACAGAAAUAACAAGCACACACGUGAAGCACCACUCUUGCAGAUAGACCUUACUACAUUCCAAGUUGCUGUCACCGCUGCCGUAACUGCUGUUAUGGCGCAACUCAACGCAAGCAACACCAACAGAGGUGGAAAUAGCGUUGACAACACCAGUCGAAGUAACAACCAAUGUUACACCCCGAACCAGACGGCGGAAACGUCCGAGGGUUCGCGUGACUCAAAUUGA